GACGUUUACUAAAAAACAAAAAUAAGUUUAUCUGAUUAUCUAUGUAUAUAGUUUUCAUAUUAAUAAUGUAAUUAUACUAUUCGUAUGAAAGAUGUUUACGUUAAUUUAUGGAUUUUAUAAGCACAUGGUACAGAAAGAUGAAUAUUGUGUAUUAAUUUUGGGCCUCGACAAUGCAGGUAAAACGACCUAUUUAGAAGCUGCAAAAACUAAACUUACUAAAAACUAUAAAGCAAUUCACCCUACGAAAAUUACCACAACUGUAGGUUUAAACAUAGGCAAAGUAGAUGUAGGAGGAAUAAGAUUAAACUUUUGGGAUCUAGGAGGACAAAACGAAUUGCAGAGUCUUUGGGAUAAGUAUUAUGAAGAAUCCCAUGCUGUAAUUUACAUAGUGGAUUCUUCAGAUAGAGAAAGAAUGGAUGAAUCUAAAGACAUAUUUGAUAAAAUGAUAGCCAGUGAAUAUUUAAAAGGCAUUCCACUAUUAGUAUUAGCAAAUAAACAAGAUAUACCAGAAUGCAUGGGAGUACGAGAAGUAAAACCAAUAUUUAAUAAAAAUGCACAUCUCAUUGGAAAAAGAGAUUGUAUGGUUAUGCCGGUUUCAGCUUUAACUGGAGAGGGAGUUGAUGAAGGUAUUCGUUGGUUAGUGGAUUGUAUAAAAAGAAAUUCGUAUUUAAGACCACCUAGGAAUCAAGAAGAAAUGUAACGCAGCUUACAAGGAAAAUGACUGAGCUUUGUAAAAAGUAUUACCUCAUACUGCAUAUACGAUGUAUAAAACACAUUUAGUAAGAAAUCGUCGAAUUAUGAGUUGUAUAUAAGAUUCUAUUGUACAUUUUUAUAAUCAAGGAACAUUUAAAUAUAUAAAAUGACAAGUC